AUGGUCUCCUCGGAACCCACUGUCAAACGAUCCUCUUCCUCCCUACCAGAAGGUCCAGAUGCCCCUGAUGUAAAACGAACGAAACGCCCUUAUCACCAUCACCAUCGCCUACAAAGUCCGGUCGCCCCAGCGUUGCCGGAACCCGCUAUUGUCGACGAGGCCUGCAUCGACCAUGUCCUCAACCGAUCUAUUGGACAAUAUCUACAAGAAUGCGGAUUUGAUAUCGCCGACCCUGCAGCGCUGGACGCCUUUCGCAGGGUAACAGAGGAAUAUCUGCUGAGAUUCGCCUCAUAUGUGCGCCAAGCGAUGCUUUCCAGCCGGCGCAUACAACCCAUCCCCCAAGAUUUCGAAUAUGCCUUGAAAAGACAGUCCGUGCCGGUCAGCGACCUCCUUCCGCACGUAAAACGCCAGCCAAACAUCGAACCUAUCCCCACCCUUCUACCAAGUCCUCCGCCGGAAGAGGACUCGUUCAAGACUUUGCCCUCCUUAGGGCCACAGCUCAGCGGCGAAGACGAUCGCGCUCACAACGCCCAUAUCCCGAAGCAUUUCCCAGACUUUCCCAGUAAACACACGUAUCGUCACACACCGGUUUUCACGGAACGAGAGCAAGAUCCGCGCGUCAUUCGAGAGCGAGCAACGGAGGAUGGUCGGCAUGGCGAGGAGGCGCUGCGCAAAUUGGCUCGUGCGGCGUUUAAAGACAACAAUUCUGGCUCAUCGGUCCGGGAUAAGAAGCAAUGGGGACGACGAGCGGAGAGUAUGGAUGGAAUGUUUGAGAAGACUGUUAGAGCACUCGCAAAGAAGAUACAGAAGCCCGGGACGGGCCCGGACUCUGCUGGCCCCAUGGAGAUCGACUCGGGAGCUGGUGCAGAUAAAGCCUCCCGCUCGAAGCUGGCGUUGAACAUAGAGCUGCCUCCCAUCAUAAACUGCGAGAGAGACCUGUGGCGACGAGCGCCUACAUCUGGGAGCCGACGAACGGAGGAAAACAAGCUAUCAAGUGCAAAGGAUACGCCCGAUAUGUCGAGGGUGGAUAGCUGGGCCGUUGAGCUGCUCUCCGCAGCACGUUUGCGCUCCGCUUCUUCUUUCGCUAUCCGGAUCGGCUCCCAAGCAGUCGUUUCCACCCGAAAGGGUAACUCACCGGCGAAACAGCCUCACAAUCGGCUUACAAUUCACCACACCCGGCUUAGGAAUCCCUUCUUGGGGCGGAUUGCAAGAGUAUUGGACCAUCUCCAGCAGUUUGCAUUUCUCCAGCUCGACAGGGCCGCCUUUGCGACGCUUCUCUUGGAAGUUCUUGGUGACGAUGUUGACGUGGUCUGGAAGGCUCUCGGCGGAGAAAACGGGGACAAGAGGAGCCAUGGUGAUAAACUUCUGCAUGACCUAAGAAACCUAUCACAUGGAAUUGGUGAUAGUGAUGCCUUGAGCCCCCGACUGGGUGUUCAGGUGCUUGAUGAUCUUCUGGGUGUUUUCACAACGCCCGCCCCUGCUGCACAGAACAUACAUCUGGGAGGGGGGCUGCAACAUGGUCAUUCUGGGGAUGCCCAGGGAGCAGACUUUUAUGGCACUGAGGCCGAGCUCCCAGCUCAAAGCGAACUUAUCAGCGAUGAGCAUGUACGCAUGCAUAGUUUGCCGAUGUUGAACAUCAACCGCACAGAACCAGUCCUGGAGAUCUCUAGCAAGCUGUCUGCAGCUGGAAAGUCGCAUCUCCUGUACUACCUCGCUGCAGUCGCUAUCUUACCAUCCGUGUUCAAAGGCGUCCCGCUCGGUGGGCAUGGAUCGGCAGUGAUAUUCAUUGACACGGACGGUCGAUUUGAUGCUGAGAGGCUGAUAUCAGUGGUCAGAGGGAUUGUUAAGGCCAGAAUUGACGCACUAGCUCAGGAAUUAUUUGAAAUGUCAUCUGAAUCUGACAACGAGGAUAUUGAAACUAUGCUUGUCGCCAGUCUGCAACAUGUCCACGUCUUCCGUCCACAAUCAUCGGCUGCUCUCCUUGCUACACUUCAAAACCUGGAUGCCUACAUUCCUGACUUAUCUCGCCAUUUGUCCUCCACCAGACCCGUGCAUACUAUCUACCUGGAUAGUGCCAAUGCGUUCUUCUGGCAGGAUAGAUUACAAGACGAAAUCGCCCGAGUGGAAGAUAUCGGGCGGGUCGAUACUGACUCGGAGCAUGAGCGUUCGCGGAAACGACGGUUCCAGAUUUCAGAUCUAUAUGCUGCUUUUGUAGCGGAACUGAAAAGAUUACAGCGACUUUUAGGUUGUAUGGUGGUUUACACCACCACUGUUCAAGGAAGAUUCCACGGUGCUCAUGGUGGUAACUCAGCGUAUACGCCGUCAGGACCUUACGACUUGUAUAACCCACGCCCCUCUGUGCCAAAGGCGCCUUCUUUUGGGUCUGAUCUGCCAGCUCCUUGGGGUCGGUUCCCAACUCUACGAGUUGUUGUCCAACGUGAUUCGGUUCGUCCCUUUCCGCCAACCAUGACUGCGCAAAAUGCGCAGCGCGGUGCCCCUCGUCGACAGGAAGUUGUCAAUCGCGGAAGGUUUUCCGCAUGGGUAAAUGAAUGGAGACGUGAUGAAUGGCCUCGUAGGGUCCUCGAGGGCUUAAAACAAAAUAAUGGCGGCAAAUUCGCCUUUCGCAUAGGAAGAGAUGGGGUCGACAUCGGUUGA